UUUUCGUUAGUAAGGUUGCUAUCCUGUUUCCAUAGUUUUCCGAAGACCCCGUGGGAUACAGCCCAGUAACGAAGGGGUUAAGGAGUGGGGGUCCAGAUACCUCCUCUCCUCCUCGCCAUGACGAACAAAUGAACUCGCGGGGAAUGAAAUUUAAAUUCCACAAAGGAGAAAAGGUCUUGUGUUUCGAACCUGAUCCAACGAAGGCCAAAGUACUGUAUGAUGCAAAAGUUGUUGAUAUUGUAAUUGGUAAGGAUGAGCGUGGUAAAAGAGUCUCUGAGUACCUGAUUCACUUCAAUGGUUGGAACCGAAGUUGGGAUCGCUGGGCUGCAGAGGACCAUGUGCUCAGGGACACCGACGAAAACCGCAAAUUACAGAGGAAACUGGCUCGCAAAGCUGUGGCGCGCAUGAGGAGAAAGGGAUGGGGGAAGAGACGUCGCUGUCUGCCUGGUGUUGAGUCAGCUCUUAAAACCCUUACUGAAGAGGAGAAGGAAGACUGUGAGGACACAUGUUUGAUUUCAUCUUCAGACCACAGUGACGAGGACAAUUCUGAGGACCCUGAAUCUUUAAAAAGCGAGGAAAGCGACUCCUCCGAGGAUUUAGACAAGAUGGAAGAACAGGAGGCUCACGCCAAGAGGGAGGGGGAGGACAAAACCAUCAAUAUUGACAUCCCCGAAGUUCUGAAGAAGAAGCUAGAGGAUGACAGCUACUACAUCAACAAGAGAAAGAAGUUAGUGAAGCUCCCAUGCCAGAUGAACAUAGUAAACAUUCUGGAAUCCUACGUGAAGCACUUUGCUAUUAAUGCUGCCUUCUCAGCCAAUGAGAGGUAUCGGCAUGCUCAGAGCUCCGCCCAGGCCAGCGUCAGUCCUCACUACGUUCCUCCCGAAAAGAAUGAGGAGCUAUGCAAGGAGAUGGUGGACGGACUCCGGAUCACCUUCGACUUCACCCUUCCCAUGAUCCUCCUCUACUCCAAUGAGCAUGCCCAGUUUAAGAAAGUCAGCUCCUCCAAGUUCUUCCUCCCUAUACGAGACAACACCACCAGCUCCAGCAAGACCCUCCGCGAACGCACCCCCAGCCCCACGGGCCACAACCCCUCCACCCCCCAGUCCACAGACAGCCAGCCUGCCCUGAGCGAGGCCUCCACCGCCACCACCCCCAAGCGCAGGCGCUGCCCCGACUCGGACGCCCCCCAGUCCCUGCGGCGCUCCACGCGCCACACCUCCGGCGGGGACCGCCUGGCGGAGGGGGGCAGCGGCAGUGCCACCGCGUCGCCCCAGCCCAAACGUCGCCUGGCGGACACGCCUGCCCAGCUGCCCAAGUUCUUCCUCAACCUGGAGAAGAAAACACCGGUCCACAGUGGUUCAUCAUCUCCUCUGCCCCUGACGCCCAGUAAGGAGGGCAGCGGGGUGUUCUCUGGCCUGGAGAGCCGCAGGAACAACGAGCUCAACGAGGUCUUGAGCUGGAAGCUGACCCCCGACAACUACCCCCAGAGUGACCAGCCCCCUCCGCCCUCCUACCUGUACGGCUCCCAGCACCUCCUCCGCCUCUUCGUGAAGCUGCCAGAGCUCCUCGGGAAGAUGCACAUCCCAGAGAAGAACCUCCGGGCCCUGGUCAAACACCUAGAGCUCUUCCUCAGGUUUCUGGCCGAGUUCCACGAAGACUUUUUCCCCGAGUCUGCCUAUGUAUCGGCCUCUGAGGCACACUACAACAUGAAGCACCCUCGACCUGUCUACUGAAGGGGGGCCUCGGCAUGGCCCUGCCCUGCUCUCUUCUAGGACACCCAGCCCUGUCCCCUCCUAGCUAGGCUUCCCCCUGUCUCCGCCCUGCCCCAUGCUCCCUCACAGCCUCCGGGGAGACCUAGGCCCAGGGCCCAGGCCAGACCUAGGAGAGCAGGCCCAGGGCCCAGGCCAGACCUAGGAGAGCAGGCCCAGGGCCCAGGCCAGACCUAGGAGAGCAGGCCCAGGGCCCAGGCCAGACCUAGGAGAGCAGGCCCAGGGCCCAGGCCAGACCUAGGAGAGCAGGCCCAGGCCUGCUCCUUCCUGGAGCUGAACAGGGCUGCAUGUCUGGCCUGUUUUGGCCCGUCUGGUUUCACCAAUAAGAAGCCAGAGUGUUGUCCCAGCUUCGGAUGACCAUCUUUUCCCCCGGUGAACCUCGGGUGACCCCCCCCCCCCCGAGAUGUGAUGAUCCUGGACGCGACCAGUAUACCACGCCGGGUCCUGGGUCUGUCGAGGGGACGUUCGGGAGACGCUCUCUCUCUCUCUCUCCGUCCAUCUGUUCCUAACUAAACAGUUGGGAGGGAGACCGUUUCAAAGUGUUGCUUACAUGACUCUUGGGAUUCUGAGAGCUCCCUUCUCUGAUGCUAUGCUUCGACGUGAGGAAUGACUGCUUGUGAUCCUCUUGGGUGGUUGUAAAAGGGUUUUUACAUUAGCAGCGCUGCAAGUCUUUUCGAGUCCAAGGACUGUUUACGUAGGACUGUGGAGUUUGGAGCAGUGAUCACUGUAUGCUUCUUUUCAUGAUGUCAAACCUAUUGUAGAAAGCACAGGCCAGUAAGCUUGUGACCUGAUUAGCAAAUUGUGAUUGGCUAGUUUAUCAGACAAUGAAUGUAAAAACGAUUUUGUUCACGUAGGGGUUUGUUUGUCGACUUAUUCAUUAACUGCGCUUUGGAAUUUCGGCACAUUUGAGUUGGCCUGUCUCACAGCUGUGGUUUCACAUGUAGCCCUGUCAGUACCAAAAGGUCCAAAAAUAAAUAUUUUAAUAAACAUCGAUUUUGGAUUAU